AUGCAAGGCCAACCAAGCCCCAACCCUUACGAUAACUAUAACAAUAAUAAUACGGCUUCUAAUAAUGCUUCUUCUCAGAAUGCUUCCACCCUCGAGUCGCCGUCGCUCUCUGCGGCUAGGGCCUUUGUGAUAAUGGGGUUCAACCCCCACCACCGGCGUGCAAACUCGGACGGCUGCUUUCUACAGGGAAGCCUGGGGGAGAUGGGUUCGGAGGAUGAUUUCGUCUCCGCAUUCCUCGACAUCCAGAAGCUGACGACUGGGGACGGCGGCUGCGGCGGGUACUUGAUGGAUCAUGAUGGUGCUGGAAGCAAUGGCGGCGGCAGUGGUGGGUCGGGGAAGAUUGUGAGGCACCGACAACCAAAUAGCAGCUUGUUAGAGGGUUUAGGGGAAAGGAAUGAGGUGAAGAAUGCAAUCUCCACGGAAAAGUUGGCCGAGAUUUGGGCCGUUGACCCCAAGCGAGUCAAGAGGAUUUUGGCAAAUAGGCAGUCCGCUGCGCGUUCGAAGGAGAGGAAGGCUCGCUAUAUAGCAGAACUUGAGCGAAGAGUUCAGUCCCUUCAAACAGAAGCAACCAAUCUCUCUGCACAACUCACAAUAUACCAGAGAGACACAACAUGUCUGAUAACGGAAAAUGCUCAGCUCAAAAUCCGGUUACAGGCUAUGAAGCAACAGGCACAGUUGCGCGAAGCUCUGAACGAAGCUCUGAAGCAGGAGAUUGACAGGUUCAAGAUAGCCACUGGAGAUAAGCAAACUCCAUCUGAAUCCUUCAGCUCAGCAGCAGCACAGCGUGUGGCAUACACCCCAUUGAACUCCCCAUCAACCCUGCAAUACAGCCCCUUGCCUUCUCCAUCAACCUUGGAACCCAUGUCUUACAGCCCUACAGCUGCUGCCUCGCCCUCCCCAUCUACGGCAGCUAACCUCUUCCCGAUCCCAAGAAAAUCAGUUCCAGUGCUCGCCCAGUUGGGGCCAUUCCACAAUUCCGGCCAGUCAGGUUGCUGCACUUGUCCGCCUAAUAAUGUCCAGGCUCCCCCUGAGCAAACUGACUCUGUUAGUCGCUUACAAGGGCUUGAGUCAAGCCCUCCAUUUUCUGUCAGUGAAAGCAGCUCCACAACACAGCUGCAGACUCCCUGAUUUCACAAUGCUGCACAAGCAUGGUGAUAGUUGGCAAAAAUUCCAUUUAAAAGAGGGUUCUGAUCGUUGUCUGUAAUUGCCCUUCCAUUGGCAUCCUAUUAAGGUCUAUU